AUGCCAUACCACUACCGGUUUCGACCUUUGCCAGCGGGUCUCGGCGGGUGGCUGAUGACACAAUCAGCAGAAAGCAAAGUUCUUGUCUCUGGUGGUUGGGGAUUGUCCAGUUCUCUUGCUAGUGGUGAAAUAAAUGAUCCAUCAACUGGUCAAUGGAACACUAGUUCAAGCAUGGCAAGAGCGCGUGAAAUUCACAUUGUAACCCCAGUCCUUAAAGUCGCGCAAAUCUUCGGGCGUUGUAUCGGAUUUCCGACGACUCGUCGCCGACGAGUCUCAGGACUAGUACCCGAUGGCUACUGGUAG